AUGCCCAAUUUGGCAGAUGCUGAGGCCUGCGAGGACAUCAACAACCUCCCACAGUGCGCGGCAAACUGCUUACCUGGCCUGUUCGACUGCAACGGGGCACAGCAAGCCCUGUGCGCGGCAGAGUAUGAAGGAAUCACGUCGUGCUACGAGAGAGACUGCCAACUACGUGAAUAUCUCUAUUCCAUGAACAUCACCAAUGCCGUUUGCGAAAUUCCCCCGCGCAGUCGCCACGGAACCCAGAUCGCCGUCGGCUCGUCCUUCAUCACUCUGACUACGAUAAUAAUGGGAUUCAGACUCGCUGGCCGGCCUCCAUUCUCUGACUCUUUUGGGGUAGACGAUGUGAUUGGCAUUGUUACUUUUAUCACGGCGAUGGUUGACACAGCAAUGAUGAUUGCAGGAGCGAAUAUAGGCUGGGGAACAGACAUGUGGGCGCUCACCCAGGCCCAAAUCAUCACCCAGAUGAAGUUCUUCUAUGUCGGCAUCCUUUUUUUCUACUUUUCGGUUUCAGUCUCAAAGCUGGCUAUUCUAUUCUUCUAUCUCCGCAUCUUCACCACCCGCACCUUCAAACGCGUCACCUAUGGUCUGAUCGCCCUGUGCUCGGCGUACUCCGUCGCAGUCGUCUUCCAGAGCGCGUUCGACUGUACUCCGGCCUCGUACUACUGGACAAGAUUUGACGGUAUCUCUGAAGGGACGUGUCUCAGCUACACUGCCUUCAAGGUCAUGCCGCCGCUGAAUAUCGCCCUGGACGUGGUGGUUAUGCUCCUGCCGCUGCCGUUGCUGCUGAAACUGAAUCUGCCUCUGGCGAAGAAGAUUCGAGUGAUCAGCAUGUUUUCUGUUGGUAUUUUGAUUAUCGUCGCGGGCAUCCUUCGUCUGUCGCAUCUCUAUCACUCCAUCACGACGUAUAACAUUACUUAUAACGGCGGCGAGAUCUCCUACUACGGUGUUAUUGAGGGAGACGUCAGCGUUAUGUGCACCUGCAUGCCUGCCAUUGCAGCGUUACUCAAGAGACUCCUACCGCGGUGUCUUGCCCAAUGA